GGCCACUGGGGCGGGACCCUGGAGACCUGAUCCCCGUCCUGAGCGCCCCUCGGUGCCCCUCGACAUCCCCGAUCUCCCACUGCCCGGUGGCAGCCCAGGGUCUCGGCCUUCCGGAGACGGCGGGCAUGGCAGGACUCAGCCCGGAGCAGGUCCGCAAGUUCCAGGAAGAUGGCUUCCUCGUCCUGGAGGGGGUCUUUUCCCCUGAAGAGUGUGAAGGGCUCAAGGCACGGAUCGCGGAGAUCGUGGCAGGAAUGGAAGUCCCACUCCACUGCCGGACAGAAUUCUCCACCGACAAAGAGGAGACUCUCCGGGCACAGGGAAAUUCAGAAUAUUUCCUGACCAGUGGCGACAAAAUCAGAUUCUUCUUUGAGAAAGACGUAUUUGACAAGGAAGGCAACUUUAAGGUUCCAAAGGAGAUGUCCAUCAACAAGAUCGGUCACGGUCUGCAUGCCCGUGACCCCGUCUUCAAGAAGAUCACCCACUCUCCAAUAGUCCAGGCGAUAACCAGGAACCUGGGGUAUGAGGAGCCUGUGGUGGUCCAGAGCAUGUAUAUUUUCAAGCAACCACACAUUGGUGGUGAAGUGCUCGCACACCAGGAUUCCACCUUCCUGUACACGGAGCCACUGGGCAGCCUGCUUGGGUUCUGGAUAGCGGUGGAGGAUGCCACCCUGGAGAACGGCUGCCUCUUCUUCAUCCCAGGAUCCCACAAGGGUGGCAUCUCCCAGAGGUUGGUCCGGGCUCCUCCUGAUUCUGUGCCGGCCACCCACUUUAUCGGCUCUGAGCAAGUAUAUGAUGACAGCAGCUUCAUCGCCAUCCCGAUCCAGAAAGGUGGCCUCGUCCUAUUCCACGGAGAAGCUGUGCACAAGAGCGAGAUGAACCGCUCUUCGUGCUCCCGCCAUGCCUACACUUUCCACCUCAUGGAGUCUAAGGGCAUCCUCUGGAGCCAGGACAACUGGCUGCAGCCCACCCCUGAGAUGCCAUUCCCAGCUCUCUACAGCUAAGACUCGGCCACAGGACACACUCUUCCUCCACCUGCCCGCCACAAGAAGAGAGGGAGCCCCAGCUGGCCAGCCUGCAGGGCUCUCUGCUCCACCUGCUUUCUCCCCGAGCUGCCUCCCCCUCUUCCUCUCCUUCUUCCCCUAUCCUCCUCCACCUCCCUUUCCAUCCCUCCUCCCCUUUAUCUCCUUGUUCUGCUAGAUUUAGGGCUCACUAAGCCAAGGUUUGGGCUGGGCCAGCGAAGCCUGAGGUUCCCCUCCCACCUCUAUUAAUAAAGUGUGGCUGCACUUGC